CAAACAGCCGAGCCGGCAGACAGCACGUCACUUCCUCAAGUUAUUUCCAUUUGUUUGUGGCAAACGCCAGCAGUUAUCCAGUACGUUAAACACCCAAGAAAACGUUACUAUUUUAACUUACAGUAUGUCCGGGUGGAAACGACAUGACCGUUAUUUUCUGUAAGCCGCCGUUCCCUGAAAAUAUGCAAGAAGUGUAGUACGUUAGCUACCAACCGUGUUAACGCGAGCGAAGACAGGAAAACGUGCGCUCGCGAGCAGAAGUAGUUGGUCAGCUAACGUUAGCUAGCUAGUACAGGUUAAUUGGCUAACUAUUGUUAUCUGCCGUGUUCCUGGUACAGUUGGUGUUGUGGUGUUGGCUAAAAUUAGCUGACUUACUCACAAUUGUGAGCUGAUGGAGUGCCCUCAUCUGAACUCAAGCGUGAGCUCUCCUGCCGAUACCUCCAGGUUCCCCAACGGUACCCCGUCCUCCUGGUGCUGCAACGUUUGCAGGUCCAAUAAAAGUCCAUGGAUUUGCCUUACCUGUCUCAUGGUCCAUUGUGGAAGGUAUGUCAAUGGACACGCGAAGAAACACUUUGAAGAGAGCCAAGUCGUUGGCAUUACUCAAAAGAAGGCUGAGAAGCAGGAGAAAGAGAAAUCCCAUCAUUCUGUCUGCAUGGAUUGCAGCAACUACAGCGUCUUUUGUUACAGAUGCGAUGACUUUGUCGUCAAUGACACCAAACCUGGGCUGGUGCAGAAGGUGAGGGAGCAUCUGCAGACUUUAGAAAACUCGGCGCUGAUGGGUGACAGACAGAGGAAAAGAAAACUUCAGGAAAGCCCAGCUCCAGACAGCAAGUUGUUGAAAGACAAUGACGGAGUGGCUUCAGGUGCUACAGGCCUGCGGAAUUUAGGCAACACGUGCUUCAUGAAUGCCAUCCUGCAGUCCCUCAGCAACAUCGAGCAGUUCAGCUGUUAUUUCAAGGAGCUGCCUGCAGUGGCUCUACGCAGUGGUAAGACGGCAGGAAGACGGAUGUACCACACCCGAAGCCAAGGGGACAACAGUGUGUCUUUGGUGGAGGAAUUCAGGAAAACCCUUUGUUCCCUGUGGCAAGGAAGUCAGACGGCCUUCAGUCCAGACUCCUUGUUUUAUGCUAUAUGGAAAAUCAUGCCAAGUUUCAGGGGCUAUCAGCAGCAGGACGCACAUGAGUUCAUGCGUUACCUGCUGGACCAUCUCCACAGGGAGCUCCAGUGCAGUCGCAACGGGGCGUCACACCCAGUCUCACCUCAGGAUGGGGUCAGACUCUCCACCGCAGAGGGCAAAUGCUGCGUAAAUGGGACUGCCAGUGUUGUCACAUCCAAUUUUGGUGGCAUACUUCAGAAUGAAGUCAACUGCCUGAUAUGUGGAACAGAAUCUCGGAAGUUUGAUCCAUUUCUUGAUCUGUCUUUGGACAUUCCCAGCCAGUUCAGACAAAAGAGAAGUAAGGACCAGGAGCCAGGGCCCACCUGCACGUUGCGUGACUGCUUACGUAGCUUCACUGACCUGGAAGAACUUGAUGAAACGGAGCUGUACUAUUGCCAUAAGUGUAAAAAGCGACAGAAAUCCACUAAGAAGUUCUGGAUCCAGAUGCUGCCAAAGGUUUUGUGUCUGCACCUAAAAAGGUUCCACUGGACAGCCUUUUUGAGAAACAAGGUGGAUACCUACGUGGAGUUUCCACUGAAACGCCUGGACAUGAGGGGCUACUUACUUGAGCCAGAGAACUCAUUACCAGAAAGCUGCCUGUAUGACCUCGUCGCUGUCGUAGUGCAUCAUGGAUCGGGGGUUGGAUCAGGGCAUUAUACAGCAUAUGGCAGCCACGAGGGCCACUGGUAUCACUUCAACGACAGCACGGUGACUCUGACCAGCGAGGACACAGUGAGGAAGGCCAAGGCCUACAUCCUCUUCUACGUGGAGAGGACUGAACAGGUGGCCUCAGACAAGACUGCCACAAACAAGCCUGCUGUGGAGGCAGCAGCCAUGGUCAGUGGUCCUUCAGAAGCAGUUGCUCAGGACAAGACUGCAGCAGACACAGUCGCCGCAGAUACAGUUUUGAUGGAUGUGCCAGCUUCGCACAUGAAUACCCACGACGUGGCAGCCUCAGAUAAUGCUGAAUUGGAAAAUGUGGGUAAAGACAUGGCUGAACUGCAUGAAGCUGACACAGCUUCAAUAGAGGCAGCGACAGAUAGAGAUACCUCAGACAAGGCUGCAACAGAGGAAGCCAGUCAAACUGUACAAGCCGUUGCACAAUGAUUCUGUCAGACUGCCUCAGACCAGCUCCUCACUCCAUUUCGACUUCACCUCAAUCACAUUUCUCACAGUGCUUGAUUUUAAAUAGUUAAUUUCCACCUUUAACAUAUGUGCAACUGUUUUGUUUUUUAUGACCUGCAUGACAGCAUCAAGUAUAAUUUGCUGCUUGGAUUUUGUUUAGUAUGACUUUAUGCGUUUAUUUCCUUGAUGUUGUAUUCCUCAGUCGAGGUAGACCUCUCCGUACGUAAUAGAUUCCAAAGGUGAUUGUUUAAAAUAGUGAAGUAAAGCUGUAGCCUUGGAAAACCUCAGUUGGUCCAAUGUUUAGUCUAGACUGAAGAGAUUGAUCGUGUCGAGACACUGUCAUUGUAACAAUAUUUGGAGUUUCUAUUGUUUUCAAAGAGUCUAAUUUUGUAAUUUCCACCUCUUAAAAACCUCGUAGUUCUGUUUUCCAGUCAUUAGGGGAGAUUUUAGGAUAUAGAAUGCAAUGCAUUUAUUGACUGACAAGUGCUCAGUGGGGCUUUAGCAAGUUGUUUUAACUUCUUGACCAGAACCAAUGUGAAAGAAAUGAUCAUUCUCAAAUUGUUUUGUUUGUCUGUAUCGAUGCUGGAGUAUAAUUUAAGAUUUUAUGUUGAUCAGAAAUGGUCUAGAAACGGGCCCUGAUGAAACGUGUAUCAGACAAAGUGAACAUGACAAAAUACAAUGAAGAAUCUUUUUCAAAUG